GACUUGUACUCGACUUGUACAAUAACUCGAUUGCUUUGGUCUCGGUUUCUUGUUUUGAUGAAAUGAUCAGACACAGGGAACAAUCAGCACUGGCCUGUCAGUUUAAGGUAAGAACGACACCACAAUGAGCUGUGCAGUUUUAUCUAACGAUAUGAAUUAUUAAAACAUACACAGCUUUUGUAGUGGAAAUCAAGCCGAGGCACAAUAAGAAUGCGCACAUUAGCUAGCUAGCUAGCUAGCAGCAGGUUCCAUUAACGUCAGCUGGUUAGGUAAUGGUAACUGAAUAGAGCUACGUGCAGGCAGAGUGCAGCGAAAUCCACCAAACAAACAAAAUUACAUCAGGCUCUACGGUGGCAAAAAUGAGUCUUGAUUGUGGAUACUGGGAGACUUCGGUGUGACUUUAAUAUUUCCACUUUGAGAAACUUUAAUGCUGGACGAAACAACCAGUCACCCAACACGGAAAAGUCAGGCGUUUCUUCAGUGAUCUCUGUUGGCAAAAAGGCCAGCACUCCUGACCAGAUAUCCGUUGGAUGGAAUCGGUGCUUCCUCUCACCAAAGUAGAGGGCCUGUAAGAUCCCUAGCACCAUCUUGGCCCCACCAUGGAUGCCUGCGCUCGAAUCAAAGGGAUCCCCUUAAAGAGUCGGGCCACCCUUAGGAAAGAGACUGUGCGUGAAAAUGCAGCUGUGUGUGUGAAAACGCUGCUGAAGAACAGGAGGGAGCUUUGCAGUGUGUUUUUGGAGCUUCAGCACAUCAGAAGCACACAGUGUCCGACAGAGAUCAACUUUGUGUGCUUGCCAAGUCACACAGAAGGGGAGGAUUUAACAACAAGGGUCCUGCCAUGUGGCCCCCCUGACAUGGCUGAGCUGCUCAGAUCACUGCAUGUACAUAGUCUCAAGAAUGAAGAGGUGUUGCUUCUUAAAGACUCCAAGAAGAUCCUUGAGCGGAAAGACAGUCUUUCACAGACUAGCUUGUCCAAAGCCAUCUGUAUAUUUCGGCACAGUCAUGCUUCCCAGAUCAAUGUCACCACCCUCUUGGGGCUGCUCACCCGAUACACAGCAGGAAUCAGGUAUGCCUUGGAGCUGCAAUCCCUCCAGAGGGGGAUGUCAGAGUCAGGGCAGACAGAAGAUGAUGACACCAACCAUUCCGUUUCAUCCAUUGAAGAGGACUUUGUCACCGCCUUUGAGCACCUAGAAGAGGAGGAAAAUGGAGAAUGUUCAUUUUCUGCUUCCUGCAGUCAGCGAAAUCAGCGUGAUGUUGCUUCCCAGACCGUCUCCAGAUACUGCAAAGAUAUGUCAGGCUCUCACAUCAUCAUAGGCACUUCUUCCAAGAAGAGCUCAAGAAAGCAGAAGUACACCCCUGAGGGUUCUAUCUCUGUCCAGUUGGGUCCCACUCCAGCAUGUUUUUCAGGAAAUGAGAGCCAGAGUAGGUUGUAUAUGUCAGACAUUCAACCUAAAGUUCAAGACACCCCACGCUCCCCGUCAGAGUCAGAUGAAUCAAACUGCUCCAGUCCCAGUCCUAUCAUAUUCCUAGAUGAAGUGGACUAUCAAAAGAGUCUUAAGGCAAAGCUUGACAUUCCCCAGAUCCCUGUCCUCAAGGACGGUGUAGAGGACUCUGACUCCGAGGUCAGUGAAUUUUUUGAUAGUUUUGAUCAAUUUGAAGACUUGGACCUAAUACUCCAAUCAUCCAUCAAGGUACCAAAAGGUCAAAUCACCUCUGGCCAGUCACUGACUAAGAAGUCGUUUGAAGACACUGACUCUAAAUAUGUGUACAGGGGUUAUUCGACUAUGAACCCUCACAAAUUUGACCAUUCCAUUCUCCCAGACAACAUUAGGAAACCAACCCCAUUGAAGCCAGGUUCUCCAUAUGGUGUUCACUCAGAUGUUCCGGAUUCUCCUCGACUAGUAAGGACAUCCUGUGAUGAUAGUGGAGCACUGUUCAGUCCAGUCUGUUCAUCUGCUUUUAGCCCAUUGGGAGAAGGGGCCACCCUGGAAUGUUUCUGGAAAUCAGACGGAGACGUUUCAGAGUUACGUAAACCUCAGGAUCUGUGUUCCUUAUAUAAGACCUAUUCUGAUUUUGCAAGUAAUCUGUCCAAGGAAAUUCUUGGAUCCGUGUGUGGCUACCCAUCCCCCAUUGACAUGAACAUGAAUAAGAACCUGAGUUGUGUUUGUCACAAAGAAUUUAAGAGCAUCAGUGGUCAUCUUAUGAAGUUGGCUGACAUUCAAGAAACAGUGACAGUUGCCAAGUCACAGCAGAAAUACCAGUCUCUCAAAAAUGGAAUUCAGCGAUUUGCCACAGAUCUGGUUGAAAUUAGUGUUGGCAGUGCCUUAAGAGAUAUCCAGAAAGGGGUGUCCUCUUGCACUACUACACUUUGCCAUUUAGCUGCUAGGCUGACCUCUUCAGUGUUUCAAAUGGCCUUUCAUGAGAUAGGCAUGCGUCGUGCAUAUGUGUUAAAAGAACGUGCCAUAAAUGGAUUGGCUGGCUUUCUUGUUGGAGAGGCUGUGUCGGGGGCACUCAGAGAUUUCCUGUCUUUGAAAAGUCAAAUCUUUAACAACACUGUUACACAAUUUGCUGCAGAUUUGGCUGAAGAAUUAGUCUUUGAGGGUAUCAUGGAGGUUUGUCAGUUUUCACAUCCCUCGACACCAUUGACUCCAAAAGAUUAUUCUUUUGAACAACAAGAGGAAGUUGUUUCUUCAUAUGCCACAGACCUAUCAGAAUCUGUCCUUCAGGAGGCGUUCAUAGAACUGUCACAAGCAGACAUCGCAUUUACCACCCAAGCAGCCAUCAGUGUCUCUGUAGACAACAUUUGUCAUGUCAGUUCUGAGGAGUCCAAAACAACCUGUUCUACCACAAACAAUUCUCCUGAAUUCCAAGGCCGCCUUCAGCCAUCUGAUCCAGUGCAGGAAGACUGCACGAUGCAGAAGGCUCUGUAUUGUGUGUCUGGGAUGGCUAGUUCUGUGUCAGUGCCUGUGGCUGGAAAAGCCAUCUCUGACUUGCAAAGUCUUGAGGAGACUGCUGAUACUAACACUAACAUUGAAGGAGAGUCAGAUACUGUGACCGUCUCACUAGAUGACAGUAUUUCAGGAAGAACCUCUUUUAAUAAUAUGUCUGGUACCAUGGUGGACAAGAUAGUGAGUGAAGCAUUUGACCUAAUGACUUCUUCUAAAGUCAAGAAAAGAGUGGAAGACUGUGCUGAGUUUCUGAGUAGAUCAGUGGGAAGUCACCUGUCAGUAGGUCAAGGAGUGGCUCAGGCUUUACAUUCAAAGUCACAUGAUGCAGCCUGUCAGAGUUCUGAAUGUAACCUCUUAACUAUGUCUGUCUCAAAGAGUGAAAGGAAAGAAACCUGUGAUCACCUGGUCCAGCAUCAGCCCCCUGUCAAUCAGGCAACCUCAGAAGCUGAUCCUGUUUUGAUGAAGGACACUUUGGAUGUACCCAUAUUUGAUGGAGGAGGCAGAAAGAUCAUCACAGAGGAAACACUCCAUGGUUCUGAGCGAACAUGUGGUGCAGAACCAAGUGCACCCUCUACCCCACAGCAACCUUUAGAGGUCUGCAAUGAAAGAAAAAACAAGCAAUUUUCCAAGCGGUUCAAAGGCAAAUUCACCAAGGAAUUGUCUCCUUCAACACUCCCUUCAACCUCUGGUCAGACAGAAGCAAGCUCAGACUCUGAUAAGGCAGACUUGAUGCAUACAAGAUCCUCGUCUGAGGAGACGUGUGGGAUGGAGGAAGAGGUUCUAGAGGGAAGGCGUCUUUCAGGUUUAGGGAAUAAAGGUGAAUCAGAACAUGACGUCAAUCUUCAAGACAAAAUGAUGGAGAAUGGAGCUCUCCUCUAUGCAGGGCGUUUAGCAUACCAUAUAGUUUCUAUGGCAACUGAAAUGGACUCCAUGGGUGUGGAGGAUAUCCUAUAUAAAUGGGACACUGAAAGCAAAGAUGUUGUCUCACACUGUGCAAAGUUUUCAGAGCAGACCCUAAAUGUUUUGUGGAUGUAUGCUGGUGAAAUUGCAGGAGAAGUUAUGAGCGAUGUGAAGAAAAUGAUGAUUACAAGCCAUUGCCAGCCUGAAGCUCUCCAAAGGGGCACAUCAAGAGAACCACAGAGUCGUGAAUCUGAUUGCAAAACUGAAAGGUUAAGUAACAUGGCCGAUAAGUGGUCCAGUGAUUGUCUAACAUCAGUUCUAAAUGCCCAUAGUAGUAGUUCCAGUGGGAUGUCAUCCGAGUACCCUAGCUGUGAGAGUGUCUCAGAUGAGUAUGCUGGGUACCUCAUUAAAGUUUUGAAGAAAGAAGGCGGAAGCAGAGAACUGAUUUUGGAUCACUAUGCCAGUCAGCUGGCAUGUAGAUCAAUAAAGGCUGGGCUUACCCAUGCGGCUCGCAAACUAAAGCAGAAGUCUCCCUUAAGACUUUAUUCCUUAAGGCAUCUGCACUGCAAUAGCAGUCAGAGUCUAUGUCGAAUGUCAGCGUCUCAAACAUUUCCCACCAGAGGUGCUAUUGGUAAAGCAUGUUACACCGGUGGUGCUGUACAGCCUCUGUGUGAUGAUGACGGGCAAGACAAUAAGAAUGAGUACAUGGAAUUUGUCAACUUUGCGGAGUCAUUGGCGUAUAGUAUUACCUGUGAUGUCACAAGGAAACUCCGAGUGUCCUCCGUGCGUUUGCCCAAAUCACUGACUGACUCCUGUCUGUAUAAAAAAAACAAGUUUGAGGACAAGGCCUCAGAGAGUUUCACGACGACUACGUUUUCUUGUUCUAUAUUGCCUAACACAGAACAAAAGAGACAGUACCAUAGCACUGGGAGCUUAAACGAUAGCUCUUACAACAAUGGCAUAAUGCAAGUGAUUGAGCACUAUGCCCAAAAGAUUGUAGAUGACACUUUGGAUAUGACCUUAGGGACUGUUGCCCAACAACAGUCUGCAGGAGGAAAAACUCUGGAAAAACUCUCAUGUUCUGAAAGACUGUGGGAUGCUGAUGGCAGGCCCACCUCUGCGUGUCAAGCGUGCCACCACUGCCAGGUCAGUGAUUGCCUGUGUUAUGGACAGUCGGGUGGGCAUCACUAUCAGGGUAUGCCGAGAAGGGGGGGGGGACAGUGUCUUGAUGCAGCAAGUGGACUUGACAUUCCCAAGAUUCAUAUUCAUUUGGAUAAGAGGGCGAUGUUUGCAGAAGACAUGGUGUCGACAGCCAUUGCGAAAGCCAAGAAAGAACUGAGCAGCACUAGCCUGAAUGCAGACAGUGGAAUUGGUCACGAUGGAGCAAGCUUGGCGGAAAGCCUCACCACAGAGAUUAUGACGUCAGCAUUGUCCAAUGUCUGCCAAACCAUCAAUUUGAGCACAUCAGGGAAAGAGGCUAUCAAUGCAACCGAAUCCACUAUAAGCCAGCAGCUAAGUGUUGGAGAUGACAGUCUCGGUAGCUGGUCUAACUUGAGUUUUGAGGAUGACCAUCCAGAUGAGAGCAGCAGUUUCUUCCAUCUGAGUGACAGCAGUAAUGGGAACAGCAGUAGCUGGAGCAGCCUGGGGUUAGAGGGAGAGGUUUAUGAAGAGCGUUUAUCCUUCUCUCCAUCAGACAGUGAUUGCACUGACGAAAAAGAAUUGGAGAUCAAGGAGGAAUCAAAUGGCGCAGCACGUGUGGAAAGGGUCCAUGUACAAGGAGAGCGGGCGCUGUUGGUGAUUAACACGGAACUAAGGGAACCUGGCCUGGACCCCCAGCUGCGGAGCCUGCUCCAGUGGAUUGCAGCCUCCAUUGCUGAGCUGCCUGUUCUCCAUCUGGGCCAUCACAACAACAGGGAGAUCCAGCAGCUUCCGGAGGUCAUGCAGAAGGUGAAGGAGAGGCAGUGGCGAAUUGGUGAGCUGCUCCAGGCCCUGUUGAGAUAUUAUGAGGAAUCCCAGCUCGAGGAUCCAGCGCUAGACAGCAGGAUGCAUGGGCACAAGUCUCUCUUCCAGUGGCUUCUAGAACAAGCCUAGCUUUCACUCCCUCAUCACUUGUCACCUUGUAUGUUUGUGCAAAGCCGUGAGUUAGCCGUUAGAGUGAGCUCCAGCCUGAGGUGUUCCCCUGCACCAUCCCAGUGUUCUGCUGUGGUAUGCAGCAUGCUUGCUGAAACUAGAGGCCUCCUCUGGAGGGAGCCUUGUCUUGAGUAUUACACCCGCAACCACCAGGGUGUGUCCUAGAAAUGGCUGACAUAAUUGCUCAGCAUGCGGGUGUGUAAGUGAGUUUCACCAUGGACUGAAAGUAUUUUGUUUGUUUGAUCUUUUUUUUCUUUUUUCUUUUUUUUUUUUCAACACUAUUUUGGUUGAUAAUAUAUUCCAUGUCACAUAAGCAUACCUCUGUGUUGUCCAACACUUAUCUCCUGUGAAUGAACACUGCAUUGUAAAUUCAGUGGUGUUUUUUUGUCAAGGAAACCCCACAGCUUGGGGCAAGAUGAGGUCACAACAAUACCUUUCCUCUGUGGUGAUGUUUCCAUUUAGUAAGGGACUAUCCCAACAAACCUCAGUUGUAGAGGCUCCCAUCUUCUCAUCAUUGCAGAAUAAAAGAUCAGAGUGAAAUUGACUGAAGGGGUGUUGUCUGGCAAAACAGAAUUAAAAAGCAAUCUUUCAGUCACCAUACCCAAAAUUAUUGUAUUAUUGAAAUAAAAACAUGUUUUUUGUGCCUUUCACAACCCUGAAAUACCCUACAGACAAUCCCUAGUUUAACGUGAUUCCAUGUGAUAAUGGCAUGUUUUAAUUUUUCCACAUCGAGGUCAUUUGAUUUGUUCUUUGAUUUGAUUGUUUGACUCACAGUAUGUCCAUGAGUAUUGAAAGUACAGUGGUAUUAAAAAGUUUGAGAACCCCUACUUCCAAUUACUGUUCUCUUCCAGUAAAUGGUUAGGGUCAUUUUCUGUUUAGUAAAGAUCACUUUAUUUAUUGUCCAAGUUAUAAAACAAUGAAUGAUGCUAAAGUGCACCAUUUAUUGUGAAUAGACAUCCUAACCGAAUUUGUAUAAGAUCUGGUAACUUUUUAGGUCUUCUGUACACAUAGUUUCAGAGAUCUAUAGGAUUCACACAGAGCUUCAGAGAUCUAUAGGGGUCACACAUUUUCUAGCACCACUGCAUAUGGCCUUGGGUACUUACGUUUAUCCCUAGGAUUCACCCACCCCCAAAUUCUGCUCAAUCAGUAUGCCCCAUCUUCUUUAGAGUUUUCUACUGGCCCAAACUUAACGUCACCUUAAUUGUAUCGUGUACCUUUUAAAGAUAUGUGUUAUUUCAUGGCUAGGGUUAGUAUUGUGUAACAAUACGUUCGAAAAGAUACAGUCCAGGCUACAAAAAAUGUCACUUGUGUGAACACGCCACCUUUAACACCAUAUGAAAUAUAUGUUCUAGAUAACCCACACAGGCAACUGCCACCUUUUCAAAUCUAAGAUGUGUAUAUAAUCUUUGGUCAGUCGUUCUUGCCUGUGCUGACUUUGCUGCCUUCUCCAAGUGAUCCAGCUUUGUGCCAUCAGCAGCAGAAUGGUGUUGUGUAGUGGCUUUCAUUUAGGUGUUCUCACUCCUGCACCCCCUCCUGCAUGGCUUUAGGAUCUAUAGUGAAUCGUCACUAUUAACUGCUGUUAUAGGGACAUCUACCUGCCAGUGUCGGCCUCGACUGCUUCAGUAGAGCAUGGUAGAGAAAUGUCAGUGUGUCUGUGUUUUGUGUUGUUUUUUUUGUUUAUCUAUAUGCUGCCAAAUCUGGGAGCCUUCAAAAAUGAAGGAAAUAAAAAAAACUAAGUAUUUCUUUACGAUAUUAAGCUGUAUAAGAGUUGGCCAUGUUGUAAAAAGGGUAUUUCCAUAGAAAUUGGAAUCUCAGCAGUUAUUGAAGUUGUAAUAUGAAAGAAGAUAUGUAUAGUCCUACAGAAUGGUGAACAGACAAUGCAAAAGAGCGGGAGAUCUUUCUCUCUUCUCCCAUCCUGCUGUCUAGUCUCGCCCAUGAGGUGUUACUGAAGGAGUGCUUGUCCCUAGAGAGUGUGUGGAUGUGCAAGCACACCCAGGUCUUCAGCCUGUUAGCCUUUGUGUACUGUAUUGCUUUAAUACUUUGUUUUGUGUACAUUCCUAUCCUUCACUGAUUUUUUUUUUUUUUUUUUUUUUUGCAAUGUUGUGUUAUUCAAAAGCAGAUGUCUAUGUUAGAUCCAGCUUCAUAUUAUAUAAAGUAAAUAUUUUUGUUAUUUGUGGUGUUGCUCUCAUCCUAUAUCCUUCUAUACCAGGCAAAUACUCUAUUCACUGACUUCUGUUUUUCCUGUGUAUUUGUAUAAUCCUUACAAAUAAAUAUAAAUUAUUCAAUGUAA